GCAUCGACAGGUGAGACAUGAGUACCCCUUAUAUUAGCACGGCGAUUGUUGGGUCAGCGCAUACCAGUGACAUCCUAGGUGUCUGUGUUGCUGACAGAUUCACCAUAACGUGCUCCUCUGAUGGAUACUUGAAACUUUGGAAGAAUGAUUCUUCUGAUAGAACACUUCACCUAGAAAAGCUUGUGGACAAAAUUGGAUUGCAUCAUGUGGAAAUAUUUCAGGAUGCCUUUGAGAUGAAGAAGUUUUUGGUAAUCGCAACUGUCUCUUUUUCAGGGCGGGCAUAUCUAUUCAGCUACAAUUUUGAGACGAAUGAGCUCAUCGAUCUCAAGUUCAAUCCUCAAGAUUCAGGGCUAAAGAAAAAGGCAUCCUUUUGGUGUCCAAUAUUUGAUUCUACAAAAGACAGCAAUAUUUUUGCUUGUACAACAGUAUCAGGAAAAACUGAAAUUUUUGACGUCAAUUUUGAAGAAGGAUUGUCCUUCAGCUAUAGAGGCGAACUAUAUGCAAACGACAGUAGUUUUGCUACUUGCAUAUGCUCUGAUAUAGAGAAUAAUAAAAUCGUGGUUGGACAUCAGAACGGAAACACUUACCUUUAUGAUUUUAAACAAUUAUUGCUCUCCUUCAAUUUUGAGAGUUACGGAUUGAAAAACUCCCAAAAGUCGUUAAAUAUAGUAAGAUCAAUAAAGUUUUCACCUCACGGAAGCGAGUUUCUUGCAGUAUCCAUUGAUUCUGGACCUUUUGGAACAAUCUCCUUGUAUGAUGUGAAGUAUGGUGAGUAUUUGGGGUCUUUCACUAUUUCAACACACUCUUCAAACGUUGGUGUGGGAAAUUUUGCCCAUUCUAAAUGGUGUCUAUCCAUUGAUUUCAAUCAGGAAGGUAACCAUUUGGUGUCUUGUGGCUUAGACAAUUUGGUCCGAAUUUGGGAUGUCGAAUCCAGAACAUGCGUCACGAUGUUAAAGCUAAACCCAACCGACUUAGACGAUGAAGAAGUAGACAAGUUGAAUGAUUUAGAUACAUCUUCCUGCGCUUGUAUUAAGUAUGUCGCAAAAGGUAUUUUCAAGGAAGAUGGGAAUAACGACGGGUUGGUUGUCGUUGGGUUUGAUCGAUCUAUAAGAUGGUAUAGGGAGGCUGGGGGCCUUUGAUAAACAUGUAAAGGUUUUGUACCAAUAAAAUAAAAAUAUAGUGUAACAUCUGAAUAGAAUCAAUCUCCCAUA